CACUGGGGUGAAAUUCACGCCUCGUCUACACCCUUCCGAGCCAUCUCUCACUCUACAACAUAAUUAAGAAUGAAAAACGAACGAACCGAGAAUUUUUCCUAUUUCCGUAGCGGUAACCUUCACGAGACUUCAAACUCCAGCUUCCAAGUUCCGCUGCGCCAGCUGCACCAACAAUAAGCGAAACAUGUCCUUUCCCUGGGAAUUGAUAAAAGAAAUAAAUUGUUACAUUAAAAGCUUAACACUUCCUAUGAAAAAUUAACAGCGAAUGAAUAUCAUUCACAGGGACGAACGAGUCCGCUGAUACGUACCACGGUUUUGCGAGGAAACAUAUUUACUUAUAAACUCAUCGAAUUUUAUUACGGUACAACCAUAUUGCCAAUUCUUCCAGUCUUUCACUUUCCGAAGCGUGUCGACUUUUCAUUCCACGGCAUUUAAUCGGUGGGCAAUUUAAUUAGUUGUCAUCCAAUAUCGUGAUUAUUUGGUACGCAGAUGUUUAUAGACAUAUUUUUAUAGGUCAGGAAUCAGAUCUGUCGGCGCGGUGGCGCCUUUCAGGGAGGACGCCAUCAUCUGGACCCGGCACGUGACAGGAAGGGAAGCUUCUUGCCGGGGUUUUUGAGCUUCUUCCAGAUUCCUGCUCGCAUGUGUUUAAUGCAUAUCCGGAGGGCGCAGGCGCCUUUGUCCGACACGGCCCUGGUUGCUGCCGAAGCCUGCUCCCGCCUGCUGGCAGCUACUGCAGCCUGCUACCCGAUGCGCGCGCACACGUGCCUGCCACAUGCGAGUCUUCUCGACGGAGAAGCUCCUUUUCGACGGUCCACAUAGAAGAAAACCUCCAUAAACCGAACUCCCGACUGAAGCAUCGCCACCUCGAGCGACGGCGCUCUCGGGUACCUAGAAGUUCUAUGAAGGAUCCAACAUCUGGCGUGAAUUACGAUGACUUCUCGAUGUACGAAAAAGUUGUCCAAAUAGGACCGGACGAAGAGGGGGUUGCUUCUUCUGCGUCUCGUAACCUAACGAGGCGUGAAUGACUCGGAAAUCCUUUUACGGGGUGUACUGUAAGAAAUUAUAUGGGUCUCUUUAUUAGGUAUGUAAUGAGAAAAAGAGAGGAGGCCGAAGUUCGUGCUACCGAGCGAGCCAGAUUGCAAUUAAACUUUUUGCAGGGGUGGAGGAAUCUCGCGGUUUUUGUCGAGGGUUAUGUCACGGAUUUAAUAAACCCGCGCACACAGGGUUUAACUUGCGUAAAAGGGUUUAACGAUAUGGUAGGGUCGCUUUAAAACCUAAUUUAGUGAGCCUUACAAAUGUAUGCUCAUUGCGCUCAUUGGGAAUUACGAGCACUACUAUAUAAAUAUUUAUCGUACACCCUAGUAUAUAUUUAUGCUAAUUACCACUCGCUGGAAAUACUGAAAACCCCUUUAUCAGUACAUCCCAUGUAUACCGAAGGGGAACAUUCGCAUCUAAAGUAUUCCGACUUUGGAUUUUUCUAUAUACAGAGGGAGCACGCGAUAACUUGCAACAGCCCUGUUCACAUAGCACGAUAUGAUAAUGGCCUAACCGUAUAUAUUUGCUCUUAGGAAACCGGAGUUGCGGUCUUCGGUGGAGGUGAUAACGGCAGAUCGCGAUUUCUGAAAACAUGGGACCACCCGUCACACAUAUGAGAACCCUUGAACUCAGAUUGCAGCCUACAGAUCCAGCUAAAAAAUAAUCAAGUCGCAGGAUUUCAUUCCUAGAUGAUAAUCCUCGUCGGAUAAAACUCGAUUUAUAAAUUAAGUCGUAUAUAUAUAAGCACGGCAAAUUGAAGCACCAAUUGUACCCGCGGUCUGGUCUUUGAAAAUUGUUUGAACACGGUACACUUAAACUUAGACCUUCCACCCAUGAAAUACUCAAGUCACAGGAUUUGGUUCCUAGUCUAUAAUCUUCACAGGAUAAAAACCGAUACACGUGUAUAUGUAUACAUAUAUAAAAACACUUCAAAUUGAAGCACCGAUUACGAAUUGCACGCACACGCGGUGCGGUCAAGCGCCGAUUAGGAAUUGUUCGGGCACGGCACACUUGAACCCAGAUUACAGGAGUGAAUUUAACAAUUGGCCGAUUAAUGAAUUAGACGGACCGAGGCCAAUAGAGCGUCUUGGACGGACCCGAGUGUUGGCAGCCGCCGAUUGGUAGCGACUGGUAGCGGCCCAAGGUCUCGGCCUCUUUGGUCUCUCCUUGGUAGCGAGCGAAAGUGACACUGGAGCGAUCUCUCCCGCGGCUCGCCGAGUUUUCCCCGUAUCGUCGGACUAUCCGUGACGUGUCUCGGAUACAUAAGCCGGACCUGCUCCUCGUAUUCGGAUCCGUGCCCGUCAAAUAUCUACGUUCGCGAGCUAAUCGCGUUUCCUUGGUGCGCGAGUAGCGAUACCGGACAGCGCGGACCUACAGAUGUUGGAAUUAAUUUCCCGGCGUACUUGGCGUGGAAACGCUGCACCUCGGCGCUCGGCAUUAGCAUAUCGCGAGUGCGCCGUGAAUAUUCAUACGCCAUACGGAAACGAGUACUCGAGGUCCGCCGACACGACUGGGCAUCACGAUACUUUAUUCGGAUUGCGGAACUCGGCUCGUAUAGUGGCAACAGGUGCGAGCCGUGACCCACUCGUGACCCAGUCGUGACCUACUCGAGACCACCGAGGCACCAGGUCCUGUCCAGGUGAAGGCCCAACCAAGCAUGAGCGUCGACGACAUCUUGAACUACAAGCCCGACGAGAACGAGGACUUCUACGCCCUUCUCGGAUGCGACGAGUCGGCUUCGGUUGAACAAAUUACGGCGGAGUACAAGGUCCUCGCUCUCCAGUACCACCCCGACAAGAACGAGGGGAACAAAGAGGCCGAGGAGAAGUUCCAGCGUCUGAAGAAUGCCAAGGAAAUUCUCUGCGAUCCGGAGAAGAGGAUUAAUUACGAUAAAUGGCGACGCAGCGGUAUAGCGAUCAGCUACAAGCAGUGGCUGGGCAUGAAAGAACACGUCCAUCAGUCGAUGCACUGGAGCACGCCGAAGACAAAGGACAGGAUGCUGCCCGGUACCAGCGAGAGUUCCCCAGGUCACGGUAAGGAACGUAAACCGACGACGGGUGCCAACGCCCACAGGAGGGCCUCCGAGGGUGGGUCCAAUAUCCAUUAUGGAGCUCGGCGAGACCUCAACUGGGACUCGGAAGCUCUCAGCGAAGUCCUCAGCAAGUUCCGCAACUACGAGAUUUAAGAGUCCCAUUAGUCGUUCCACCCGAAAGACACGGGGAUGUACCGUUGCCCUUCCGCGCGAAUCACCAACUUGUACGUGUUUCCUUCGAAAGUACCUACGUACCUGCAUACGUACACGUCCAUGCCCGUAUCUCUACCUGCACUUGGAAGAAACAAAAUUGGACCAGCGAUAACGAGCCUUAUUUCGGUGACCAGUAUUUUCUACUCCUCGUUUACGAGAUUCGGUUGCUUUUCUCAAGAUUCUCCUCACUCCAGAUGCGAUUAGGGUUCGCCUAGGUACCAUUCGGUUCGUCCCGUAAGCACCUGCAAAAUCGCAUUGAAAAAAGAAAUUCAUUAAGAUGUACUUAUGUUACGGUAAUGAGCAUGAAUUAGUCAUCGGCUGGAUAUUCGGAAGGAAUUUAUCCACGCCGGAAUGGUUCGUUUGGUUAUGGAGAGAGCAUUUAUUAGAGUAGUUUUCCUUAUCUAUGAAGGAGGAGCGUAUGUGCGAGACUCUAAAUCAAAAAACAAAUGUAUAUAUAUAUACAGAAUUCGAGGAGGAAUAUUUUAACGCGCUGAUCGCUCGACAAAACUGUCGGCCGCUUAAUUAAUGAACGUUUACCGAAUGAGAUGGACAACAAAUUAUAUACAUAUAUAUUAUCGGGAAGAAAUAUCCUUCCUUUUCGAAUUUUCAUUCUUCCUUUUUUUUUUCUUUUUUAUUUCACGCAAGUACCGAGAGAGUUGCAUCGCCUCUAACGUGUAGUAUGUGUCUACGUGUAUACGUAUACGUACGUCUUGAGGAUAUUAAUACGUAUACUUUUCCGCGUUUGAAAUCCGAAUUUCCGGGAACGAGAGUUUCUAUUUUUUAAAUUAUAAACGACUCGUGCUCGGCCCAAAAUCCUUCGGUACUGUGAAAGGUAUAUUUUUAUAAGUAAAUGGAAAACUCUUCCUUAUUGCGACGAGCAUUGCAUUCGGUCGAAUGGUAACAAUGGUUUCGACCAAAAGUCUCUUGAUUCACAUAUCAGCACGAUGCUCCGGCUGAGCUGACAAAGUGUUAUCGCAGCCAAUUUGUCCUCUCUCUUUUUCUUUUUUGGCGUAAAAAUGCCCAGGAACACUUCUUGCAACUUAACGACCUACGUAUCGAGCUUACUGCCCGACCUUGUCAAUUGUCCCUGUUAAGUCGUGAAAGGACGCCAUCGGCACUAGAUUUUCGGUGAAAGAGAGAAAAUCGAAAAAUCCUCCCACCUGUACACUGUAAAAUAUCCGGCAUUGUAACCAUCAUCAUCCGACCUAAGGCCAAACCAUUUGGUGGCGAGUCUUUCGUCGAUCCGCGUAUAUCCUACAAUAAUUUAUAAAAAGAAAAUUACAUUAAAUGGCUUGGACUCGGACUUUUUUUUACUCUGCAUCGAUAACGGCGCUAGUCUUUCCAGAGAUCGUUACUAGCGAUUUAAAGGGAAUAAGCGGAUACUGGAAAAAACCUCAUUUUCGAGUGACUAAUAAAAGCAAAAAAUCUUUCGCCUUGACGCGAGGGUGAAGAAAAAACGGCGAAACGGAACCGCUAGAUCGUGAAUACCUUCUAUACAAAAUGUUGGAAAAUGAGAGGCAGGAUUAUUCGGGAGGUGUAUUGAGCGCACGUUUAAUGGGUCUCUAUUUUAGUACACUAGAAACUCAGCUGAGACCGUGAAUGUUAUAUAAAAUAUGACACGUAUAAAAAGCCCCGUUAAAAGUGUGCGUAAUAUAUUUUUUUAAUAGUCUUGCAGUUCCUCCAUUUGUAACUGUUAGCGCUUCCCUGAAUUGUCCCCCGGUGUAAGUAUCGUGAGAAUUUUUAAUGUGGUUUCCUUCAAGAACACAGAGACGAUAAGUUGCCAAUUCAAAGACGGAAGAUUUGUCGAUACGAGGAAUUAAUUUAACCAAUAGGAGAAAUUAAUAAUCGACGCUUAAGAACUGUCUUUGCGAUGGUGGAUUAUCCUUCUCCAUGCGGUUGCAACUACGAUCUAUGGUAUACAGUUUAUGCGUAAUGACCCGUCUGCAACAAUUAUGCAAGAUUUAAUUUAAAGCAAUGUACCCCCAACCUCGUCAACGACUCCGUCGCGCGAACGUCAUCAAUGUCCGUCAUGAAUGAUUUUUGAGGUGCGAGAUAACUGUGUGACGCAUCUAAUUUCAUGAAUCGACGCACAGGCGAUCCCGAAGUCCGAGUUCGACUGUGACUUUGAAUCCCGAGCAAGGUAUCUGAUAGUUUUUUGUUAAUAAUUGAAGUACUGCAAGGAGAAGGUGAGCAAAUUGCGUUUGGUCGUUUCGAAAUGAAUACGUUGAAAAAAAGUUCAUCCCGAUUCAAAAAUAGGUUAGGGGCGGUGUCGAAGAUGAGCGCUUGCUCAAAAAGGAUUAGGAAAGUGACGGACAAUGAGCGCGACUUCCUCGUCUUCGCGACGUCUGUACCUGUAAAUGUGUACCUGUACCCACGUCGUAUGUACCUGUCGCCUGUUACCAUCGUAGAUAAUUUGGCAGAAACAAAAUCUCGAAAAAGGGAAAAGUAUGUUAUACCUCCGCUCGGACCAGCCGAUCGUUGUUUUCAUGUGCGCGACUACUCCACGUAUUUACAGCACGCCGGUAGACAUAUCCGACGACGCAUGUAACUGUCUACCUUUCAAUGCGACUCAAUAAAUGUAAUAUGUUGAGAA